GCGCUGCCGCCGGCCUCCAGCGGCCGCGCCGCCAUGGUCGCCGUCGCCGUCCUGCUGCACGCCAUGCACCUGCUCAGCCUGCCCGAGCACCUCGCCGACCUGGAGGGCGGCGCCACGCCCAGGAACGUGCUGCUCUUCCGCGACGCCGGCCUGCUCAUCCUGCUGGUGGUGCUGCAAUGGCUCGUGUCGCUGCACCUGGCUUCUCGGCGGAGGCCCCUUCCCGGAUGGCUGCGCUCCGCGUACCGCGCCCUGGCCGUGCUCCGGACCCCCCUGCUGCUGCCCGCCGUGCCGGCCUCCCCAAACUCUACCCCACCCGCGAGGCUUCAGCCUCCAGACGAGGAGAGCGUCGGUCUUUCCGAGGUCUCGGACCGCCUCGCGCUGCUGGCCGUCGGGGCCACGUACUUGGCCCUCGUGGUCGCCAGCCUGCCGUGACCGUGACUGUGUUGCAGUGUAAAGCUAUGGUCCAGCUCAAUAAAAUAAUACUAGAACU